ACAGACUUGUCUCUCGCACGCGCCAGAUGCACGACGCCAAACGCUUGAAUGCUUCAAGUCCUGCCAUGUCUGCUUCAGCAUGCUCACAAGCUGUAGCGUGCAUCGCGUAUCGGAGGCACUGAACCUGCGAAUAGGAGAGAAAGGGAACGAACGUGUCCAGCAUCGAGGGCGACAUUGAGGUCGGCAAGUCAUCCUGCAUUCGGCGGACAAAGCAUGCUCCAUCCUAGUUGCCUGUAGCGCAGGGAGUUGCUGCCGUCGUCCGCAUUCACCGUUCACCUGUAGACGGCUUCAUCCAAUAUAAUAGGCGCUGGAUGCUUCUAUCGGAACAGGGCGAAGAACGGAGGAACGAGAAUCUCCCAACACCCCGACUCAUCUGUAGCCCCUGUCGCAGUGCUCGCACACCAUGUCUCCGCAACCGCCAGCACAUUUACCACUCGCUUUAUCUCUGCAGCCCACCGGCGCAGAUGAUGUCAAGGCUACAGAGCUUCACAGCUCCCUUAGACAACGACGCAACAGCGCGGGGCCAUCCGCGUGCGACUCUUGCCGCACGUCCAAGAGUAAAUGCGACAAACGAGACCCAUGCGCACGAUGCGUGCAAGCCAAGCGGGAGUGCAAACGGACGCACGUCCUGCUGCGAACGGGCCGCGUCAGCCGAGCGGAGCGCAUGACGUUCGAGCUGUCCGGGUUGUCCUUCAAGACAUGGCGCCAUCGAUUAGCUGAGCAGCGCAGGCAGUACGGACAUGAGAUGCGUCUCACCACGCGCGCCCUCGCUAACGGCAGUGGCACAUCGCAAAUCUUCAAUCCUGCCAACAUGGCGGAGAUGGGUACGGAUGAUGGCAGCACUGUGCGGAGCCGUAGCAGUAGCAUAUCAGCUACCAGCACCGUCAGCGUCACACCUGCGGCCCUUGCUGGCCCGAGUAGGCCAAAUUCCUCGACGUGGGAUUUCAGUGACCACUCUUUAUCGAAUCCAUCGGUGACCAUCACCACUGAAGCGGUCAGCGACGAUAUCGACUUUGGCUUUGGUGCCGGAUUCGGACUUUUACCUGCCUGUAUGGGCCCUGGAGCGGAAGCAGGAGGAGACGCACUUAAGGGAGGCUUUGAGGCAUUGCAAGGAUUUGGAGGCCAGGUUGUGUCGAGCAUCGGUCCUUCUCGAAUAGGCAGGAAACGUGGUGAGAGAAAGUACGCCACCCACGACUGGAUGCUCCAUCAGCAAUCGCAACACCGCGCCGCCGCCACUGGCUUCGCCCAUUCGAAACAAAAUCAGUUAGAAUCGCAAAAGAUCCUCACUCGUCCCCCUCAAAUGCCUGACGAGCAUGAUUCCUCACCAUCGACCACCACAGCGACCACGACAGGGCACAGCCCCCUGUCGUCUGUCAAAUAUGUCACUUCCUCCGCAACAUCGCACAGUAACAGCUCGCAAGAGCAGCUGCACUCCAUGGCUCCACCGCGUACCAGCGCCAAUUCGGUAGCGACCACUUCAUCUGCACCUUCCACGAAGCACAGGGCAGCUCAGCACGCUGCGGCGGACACUGUCACCAGUCUCGGAGCCGAUGCUGUUGACGCGGAGAAGCUGGAUUGGGAUGCCUUCUUAGCACGUGCGUCAGCGCGUGCAGAGGGCUCUGGCAGCAGUGGCGGACCAAAGGAGGUGCGCCUAAGAGCAUUGCCAGAUCCGGAAUGCGAAGCGCUCUUCCCCAAUCCUCCCUUUUCGCGCUGCUUCAGCGAGCUGAAGUUGCAGCUCCCGCUUGGAUACCCGUCAAAGCUUGAAGCCGGUGCCUCGGGAAAAACAGACACACCGAAAGCUUUGGUGCUAGGUUCAGAUAACCAACUUCAUCUCAUCCACGACGCAUCAGAACUCCCGACCGCAACGACAAUCUUCAGCCACGACUGGACGGCGACAAGUGCCAUCGGCACAACGAUUUCACCGCCGUGGCAACCGCUGCGCGACGAUGUCCCGAUCGAUACCCUCACGCUGUGGCCUCCAUUGAAGCUCAAGGAAGAAGACUUUGACGACCUCAGGGCUGCCGCUUUUCGGCUGAUCGCCGGCCCCGUCUUGCUUUGCCUCGUCAAGCGGUAUUUUGCACAGCAGCAUUUAGUCUUCCCGUUCCUUUUCUCGCCGCAAACACUACACUAUCUCGAUGUGCUCAUCAUGCAUGUGCGCGGCGGUCACCAACUCGACUGGACACCGAUGCAGAUACGACAGCGGCAGGCUCUUCUCCUUUCCAUCGCCGCUGCUGCCGUGCACAUCAGCGACGACCACACUCUCGAGCUUGUUGAUGAUGCAGAUGCGAAUGCAGACGACGAUGCGAGUACAGGCACCGGCACCAGCGCAAAGAUGCAGGCGCCCAAUUUCUAUUCGCGCCAGUGGGCUCUUGAAGCAAUCAAACUUGCCUACGCCCUGACACAGCCGUUGGAUGACAUGCUGCUGCGAGCGGAAGAAAAGACGCUCGAUCUCGUCCUCGCCGCCAGGACAUGGCUCUUGAGCAUAGGCACGCACCCGUGCUUGGAAGGCGUCAUAGUGCUCGCUAGCAAGCUUGCCUUGGCUGACCCGCAUUUCCACAUGUGCAUCCUGCUGCAAAGCGGAAAUAAAAUUGAAGAGUUUGAAUUGUGGAAACGGGUAGUAUGCGACGGUUUCAUGGCCCAGAACCAUCACAAGCUCUGGCGUGAUGUCAAGUACGAAGGCGAUCUAGGCACCGUCCUCAAAGGCCUCGGUCCGCUACGCCUCAUUCCGGGAGAACUGCUGGACGAGAAGAUGGGAGGUGCAAGCAGCAGAGCGUGCAUGUGGUACUACUUCAGAGAUGCCGAGUUCCAACACAUCCUCUCCCGCUUGUGCAACAGCUGCUUGUGCAACCCGCCAGUGGGGCUGCCUGAAGGCCAGCUUGCGGCGCAGCGUGAGAUUGAAGCCGAAGAGAUCUUUGAUGCUCUCAAACAAUGGAAUGAGCAAACAUUUGGAGCGCACCGCGGCGACUUGGGCUGCGACGCGCGGGGCACGCUGCACGAACGGCGCGCUCUGCGCUACAUGGCGUUCUCGGCGCGCGCAAAGCUCUCCGCUGCACUCGACAUUAUAAUGUGCGCGCUGGAAAGCGUCGACACGCUCGGGUUGGAGGAGCUGCGCCUCUUUUCGUCGCCUGCCGAGGUGCAACCUGACGAGAAGGACAAAGUCGCCAGCUGGAUCACCAGCACUUCCUUUUACCGCACAGAAAAGUCGUUCAUUCGAUCUCCUCGCAAAGACUGAAAAAAGAAGAAAAAAACACACGCCGUGCACAUGCAGCGACCGCCGCGAAGCACGGCGAUACCCAUCAUGUUGUACUCUUAGCAUUUCACACAAACACUUCGCAUGGACAA